GAGCACUCUGAGGAAUCAUGAUGAAAGUGGCCCUUGUCCUGCUGUUUGCUGCCUAUGCUCACGGGUGUGGCAGACCCAGCUAUCCCCCCUCAGUGAGCCGUGUUGUGAACGGGGUGGAUGCCAGACCCUUCAGCUGGCCCUGGCAGAUCUCUCUGCAGUAUCGCAGCGGCUCUUCGUUCCGUCAUACCUGUGGAGGCACCCUGCUCGCUCCCAACUGGGUCCUGACUGCUGGGCACUGCAUCGGACCUCGUACCUAUCGUGUGGUACUGGGCGAGUACGACAUCACCAAAGAGGAGGGCUAUGAGCAGUACAGAGAUGUGGAGAAAAUUGUUGUUCAUCCUCACUGGGAUGAAAACUGUCUGUCUUGUGGUAAUGACAUUGCCAUGAUCAAACUUGCCUCGCCUGCCAUUCUGAGCGACAAGGUGCAGCCCUCCUGCGUGCCAGAGAGCGGAGAGAUCGUUCCUCACGAAUAUCCCUGCUACAUCACGGGCUGGGGAAGAGUCUACAGCGAUGGUCCAAUCGCCUCUAAGCUCCAGCAGGCUCUCCUGCCUGUGGUCGGCCACAGCGUGUGCAGCAGCAGCGACUGGUGGGGCGGCACCGUGAAGCCCACAAUGAUCUGUGCUGGCGGUGACAUCCGCUCUGGCUGCCAUGGAGAUUCAGGAGGCCCUCUGAACUGUAAGGGCAGUGAUGGCAGGUGGUACGUGCAGGGGGUGACCAGCUUCGUCUCCUCUCUAGGAUGCAACACCCCUAACAGGCCCACUGUGUUCACACGCACAUCUUCCUUCACCAAGUGGAUCAGUGACACCAUGCUGCAGCAAUGAGGACCUGGCACCUUUUUAUUGUCAAUAAAUCCAUUUGACAUCCAGUUUUCUUUUUUUUGUUAAACCCAAGCUGUGUAAUUCUGACUUUACACCUCAGGCAGGGUUCCAUUACACUAGAAAAGCAAUGCUAAAAAUAAAAAAAAACAAA